AACUCAUAUGAGACGAUCCCCGCACACCUCACCUCACCUGCUGACGAAUCAUUGGAUCAAACACUUCUUCUACCUUUUCUAUGUAUAGCGUUUAUUUGGAGUGUCAACGUUUUCUUGUUAAGACUUGAUCAAACAUUCGUCAUUCCAAUUCCGAUACAUAAAUCUCCAUCUCCAAAAUCGCCUUCUAUGUAUAUAUAUAGCAAUUAAAUCUGUAUUCUUAUUAAUGUUUUAAUCUCAUUGUUUUUUUUUUUUUGGGUUCUGGUUUCGCUCAUUCUGAAUUUGGUUUCAACUUGGAUUCUGAUUUGCUUUUUGGGUAAUUUUUCUAGUAUCGGGGUUUUAGAGAAGUAAAAUGGCAACCAAGAUGGGAUCUUUUAGGUAUAAUUUCGCAGAGAAGAGUAAGGAAAGACUCCUUCAAAGGGGUGAUUUCUCUGAGUUAGGAUUUGGUAGUAUGUUAGGUUCUGAGGAAAGAAGUCGAUGGUGUUGGUGUAUACCCUCACCAACUGAUUGGAUUAAAACCACCUGGAAAAAUUUUAAAGAGCUUGCUGUUAAGUCAUGGCAAUUCGGUCUUCAAGAUCCUAGGAAAUUUAUCUUCGCUGCUAAGAUGGGUUUGGCUCUUGUUCUAAUAUCUCUACUUAUCUUUUUAAAAGGACCCUUUUUUAAAGAUCUAAGCAGGUAUUCAGUUUGGGGGAUCCUUACUGUUGUUGUUGUCUUCGAAUUCAGCAUUGGAGCAACCCUGAGCAAAGGAUUCAAUCGAGGUUUGGGGACAUUAUCUGCGGGGGGUCUUGCUUUAGCAAUGGCAGAACUAUCCGAGUUUUGUGGAGCAUGGGAAGAACUUUUUAUAGUUAUCAGCAUCUUUAUCGUAGGAUUUGUUGCUACGUUCCUGAAACUCUACCCCACAAUGAAACCAUAUGAAUAUGGAUUUCGGGUUUUUCUGUUAACAUAUUGCUUUAUAACUGUAUCUGGAUAUAGGACGGGGGAGUUCGUCAAUACAGCGGUAACUCGUUUCGUUUUGAUUGCACUCGGUGCAGCAGUUUGUUUGGUUGUAAAUAUGUGUAUUUACCCCAUCUGGGCUGGAGAAGAUUUGCAUAAUUUGGUGGCCAAAAAUUUCUCGAGUGUCGCCACUUCCUUAGAAGGUUGUGUUAAUGGGUACUUGCAGUGUGUUGAGUACGAGAGGAUCCCUUCAAAAAUUCUCACUUACCAAGCUUCUGAUGAUCCAGUGUACAGUGGUUACAGGUCUGCUGUAGAAUCUACGAGCCAAGAAGAAGCUUUGGUAGGUUUUGCAAUCUGGGAACCACCACAUGGUCCUUAUAAGAUGUUUAAUUAUCCAUGGAGAGAUUACGUAAAAGUAAGUGGUGCACUGAGGCAUUGUGCAUUCAUGGUCAUGGCGUUACAUGGUUGUUUACUUGCAGAAAUACAGGCCCCACCAGAGCGGAGGCAAGUGUUUCAUAGUGAGCUACAAAGGGUAGGUGUCGAAGGUGCUAAAGUGUUGCGUGAGCUUGGCAUGAAAGUCAAGAAAUUGGAGAGAUUAAAUCCGGGGGAUCUUCUCUUUGAGGUUCAUGAGGCAGUGGAAGAGUUACAGAAGAAGAUAGAUCGAAGAUCUUACCUACUUGUGAAUGCUGACAGUUGGGAGAUUGGAUCAAGGCCAGUGGUUGUAAAUAAUCCUGAGGACCUUCUCAACAUGAAAGAAAUUAAUGAAACUAAAUCACUCCGUACCAAAUCACGAAGUGAAGCUGUUCUCGACCUAAGAUCUGUUCCACCAAUGUCGAGAAGUUGGGAUGCCCCUAAAACUGCUCCUAAAGCCCCUUCUAGCAAGAACCCUUCUUUACCUGCAGCUGCUCCCUCAGCUGUUAAGUAUGCAAAACAGAUAUCAUGGGACUCGCAUAUCGAGGUCAAUGUCGACGCAGCCCAUGGUGAAGAAGAAUCUAAAACAUAUGAGAGUGCUAGUUAUUUAUCUUUGGCUACAUUUGCUUCACUAUUGAUUGAAUUUGUUGCGCGGCUUCAGAAUCUAGUUGAUUCGUUUGAAGAUCUUAGUGAGAUUGCUAAAUUCAAGGAACCCAUCAUUGAAAUGCCAGUGGAAAUGGAGGUGGCGGGGUGGUGGAAGAGGCUUUGCAGAGCUUUACAGUUUAAGCACUAAGUUCCUAGAAUUGGUGGACAAGUUCCAAGUAAAAAACAGGUUGAAUUUUGACAUGCAUUACUUAAGGUAUGUGCUAAACUAAGCCAGCUACAUUGUGAGCUUGAAGUUCCAUUUCGGUUCAAAGGUGAUUCUGAUGUGAUGAAAGCACAUCUCAUUGUAAAUUCAACGAAGUUGUAAGAGUUUUGUUUUACCAAGCUGGCCGGUUUUUCUAAUUGGGCAGUUGGUUCAGAGGGUCGGGGGGAUGUGGUGGGUGGAUGGCACAAAUAAGAAACUAUCAAGAAACAAAAAUGAUAAAUCUGUAUUUAUAUUAUUGUAUACUAACGAAGUUACGAAACUGAAUUCUAAGUCGAAUGUAACUUUUAAAAAGUUGGUAGUUCCCCAAAA